AUGACCGUCGCGCAACAGUCGAUCCCUCGUGGGAGCGAUUCUCCGCGCAUCACCUCAAAUCCCGCCGGUCGUUUCGGGCUGCAUCUGAUUCAAGGCGACGCCUUCGACCCCCGGCCGCAAGACUCGUCGAACACGCCCGUAUCAUUCGCUGACUCGCUGGCAGCCAUGGAUGACUCCGUUGAGCGCGCUCUCUACGCUGACGUCAUCGCCGCGAUGACCGACGCGCGCGCAAAAUUGUCGUGCGACGACAUCCCGUCGCAGGAGCUGCGAGGGAGCAGCCUGAACGCGGCGGUCGCAGGGCGACUGCGUGCGAUGGGGUACGACGCGGCGGUUUGCGCGACGCAGUGGGACACCUCUCCCACCAUUCCCGAGGCCUCCCCUCCUCCCACCUUCACACGAACCGCUCCCCCCAGCAUUGUCACCCGCGCCUCCCCUUUCCUGACUAGCGCCUCCUCCGCUUCCGUCAACGGCGCUUCCGCCGCCCCCGCUUCCGCCGCCGUCCCCCAGCGUUUCAUCAUAGACGUUGAUUUCCGCGCGCAGUUCCAGAUCGCACGGCCCACGCGCGAGUACGCGGCGGCGCUCGAAUCCACGCCGUUGAUCUUCGUCGGGAGGUCGGAGCGGCUGGCGCGGCUGGUGGAGGUGGUAUCUGGCGCGAUGCGCGGGGCUUUAAGGGCGCAAGGCAUGCACGUUCCGCCGUGGCGCAAGUGGGAGUAUCUGCACGCUAAGUGGAUGGCUGCCGUCAGCCAGAGAGUGGUGUGCGAGGCGAAGGGGGUGACUUACGAGAAUUUUCAAAGUGCGAGCGGGGGAGCAGUGGGGGGAGAUAAGGAGAAGGCGCAAGUGGAUGGUGAUGGUUACGCCCGCUUUGUUCCUGCCAGACGGUUCUCUGCCCUCCAGCAGUGCGCCCGAGCAGGGGGGUUUUGA